UAGUGAUGCAUAUUUAAACGCAACUCAUAGCUGGCCAACCGAGCCACAUCCGAACACAAAAAGCUCCGAAAGACCUCCUCCAAUAUCCUCGACAAAAUUACUAAACCCACAGUGAAAGUCCUCGAUCAACCAGCAACAUAACAUCACUCUGGAUUAAUUUGUUUUAACAUAAUUUUCUCCAAAUAGUCAAAAGUUAAACAUGACCAUUAUAGCAGGGCCACAUUUUGCCCCCCAUUCAUGGGGCUCCCAUGGAGGAGGUUUUGGCAACCACACAGUGGUAGAUAAAGCUUUACCGGAAAUGCUUCAUUUGGUUGAUCCUUAUUGGUACCACUUUCCACCAAUGAAUCCACUAUGGUAUGGAAUUCUCGGUUUCGUCAUUGGUUGCUUGGGAUUAAUUUCUGUAUGUGGAAAUGGGAUGGUGGUCUUUAUAUUUACUACUACGAAAUCCCUUCGAACUCCAAGCAACCUUUUCGUCGUCAAUCUCGCAUUCUCCGACUUUUGCAUGAUGUUUUUCAUGUCGCCACCCAUGGUAAUCAAUUGCUACUAUGAGACGUGGGUUCUUGGUCCAUUUAUGUGUGAGAUCUACGCAAUGCUUGGCUCCCUAUUCGGAUGUGGCUCCAUUUGGACAAUGUGUAUGAUUGCUUUCGAUCGAUACAAUGUCAUUGUAAAGGGUUUAGCUGGCAAGCCACUAACUAUCAGUGGUGCAAUUCUGCGCAUUGUUGGUCUCUGGGUAUGGGCAGUAAUUUGGACAAUUGCACCAAUGUUGGGCUGGAAUCGUUAUGUUCCCGAGGGCAACAUGACAGCAUGUGGAACUGACUAUCUAUCUAAGGAUUGGUUCUCUAGGUCUUACAUUAUUGUAUACAGCAUCUUUGUAUACUUUAUGCCUCUUUUCCUCAUAAUAUACAGUUACUAUUUCAUCAUUGCUGCUGUAACUGCUCACGAAAAAGCAAUGCGUGAACAGGCCAAAAAAAUGAACGUGGCUUCCCUUCGAUCAUCCGACAAUCAAAAUACGAGUGCUGAACAUAAGCUCGCCAAGAUAGCUUUAAUGACCAUUUCACUGUGGUUCAUGGCAUGGACUCCAUACUUGGUGAUAAACUAUGCAGGCAUCUUUGAAACCGUAAAACUCAGUCCUUUGUUUACGAUUUGGGGUUCCGUUUUUGCCAAAGCGAACGCUGUCUAUAAUCCAAUUGUAUAUGGUAUCAGUCACCCGAAGUACCGUGCAGCUCUCUUUCAGAGGUUCCCAUCUCUAGCCUGUGCCAGCGAGUCUGCUAGUGGAGAUGCAGUUUCCACAACUUCUGGUGUCACGACUGUUACAGACGGUGAUAAGACGGCUGCGUAAGACAAAAACGCGAUUCUCCGGUGGCAAAAAUUGCAUUAAAGAAACAUCUUAAGAAGAAUUGUGGGCCUCCUGGGGCACGCAUACAAAAAUUGACACAACAGCCAAUAUGAUCCGAAAUAUAAUGAAGUGUUCUCAUUGGAAAGAAAUAGGUUUUUUGAUUGAAAAACCACGCUCACAUCUUCUUUUAAAUUAGGCGCCAGUUGUAAAUAUUAAACUUGAAGAUAGCCAAAGACCGUCUAAAUUUUAAACUAAUUAAUAACAAAUGAACCGAAUUCGUUAUUGUUCAGAGCUCGAUAAAAAUUGCUGAUUUCUAAAUGGAAUCCAAAUGCAUUGGUCCUUUAUCUUCAAUUUAAUAAGAUUCAUAUACCAUUGUUAUAAAAAUCUCCUUCCACUUGAAAUAUCGUUUAAAAAGUUGAUUUAUUUCGAUUUUAAUGGCAGUAUUGUUGGUGAGUUUCUGAAAGGAUCUUAUGGGGAAGAACUAUUUUCGCUUUUCUUGUAUUUUAUAUAAUGAGCAGAUUCUGAAAUUGAACUAUCAUUAAUUUUAUGACACGAUAUUGCACCACAAUUGGAGUCAUUUACAAUUGAUCGAUAGGACGAUUUACAAAAAUGUUCAUUUUGUUCUGUAAGUCACAGAAUACGUAUACCUAAGUUACUGAAGGCCCUUGGUAACGCGUUUUUAAUAUUACUGUAAAGCUAAUUAAAUUACCGUGGUAUUUGGAGAUAAUAUUAUAUCUGUAUUUAAUUUUGUAAGUUUAAAUAAACCCUAUGAGCAAUUAGAUAAAUACCACUGUACUAUUAUUGAACUUUACAGAUAAAUACAAUAGACAUAAUUAUUAUAAGUUUAGGGAAACAUUUUCAAGGUAAGAGAGAUAAUCGUUAUAUUUAUUACACAGUAGGUAUAUCACACUAUCGAUUCAACCAUUUUUUACUAUGAAAAUUGUUUGUGUAAAUCUCUUACAUUCACAUGAAUUUUAUUGAAGAGGUACCAAUUUCUUAUAUUAUUCAAUAUCAUCUAAUUGGUCAAGUAUAGUCACUUUUCUAUCUACAUUUAUUUACAUAGAUAAAUAAAUGUUCUUGCCAGAAAGAAUUGAAAACUAGGCUGGAUUUUAUGAUCAUGAAGAAAGAAAUUUUGCUUUUCAGCAAUAUUCUGUAACUGAAAAUCAAGUAAAACUGUUCUAGAAACAAAUUUGUAUUUAGUAGAAAAUAUCAAAUUCAUUUACAAUUUUACAAUUCCAAAAAACUUUUUUUAUCAUUUGUAAUUUCAAUGCUAAACUUGAGAGUAAAAAUUAGAGCGUUGCUUUGAAACAAUUAUCAAGAUACAAAGUGUAAAUGCCUAAGAGUUUAGAAAAUGUUGGAUGACAAUAAAUUUUGAAAAAAGAUCAAUUUACACAUGUGUGACUUAAUAUCGUUUGUGCAAAAUAUAUCGCAGAACGUAAAAGAAACGUUAAAUAGGAUAAAAUGUAAUAAUAUAAAUAUCAAUAGCAACAUAUUUUUUAAUUCACAAGGUCCAUUUUAAGAACCAAACGGCUUAACUAUUUUAACAAAUUAUUUUGAUUAAAUAGUAUAAAAAUUUAGUAAAACACAAGUGGCCGUUUUAAAGCUUAGAUAAUUAUCAAUUCAAAUACAGCCAAUUGUAAUUUUUAAGCAUUAUAUAAGCUAUUAAAGUGUGACUUUAAAAAUAGAUAAAAGUUUGUUCUUGGGGAAAUUUUUCCUUUCAAAGUAAAUUGUAAAAAAGAGGGAAGAAUUUUUCAUUAUUAAUUUUAAAUCAUUCUUUAAAAUAAGGUAGAACCAACUCUCGUUUUCAGUCACCCCGUCCUCAGCCUUCCUAGAACUGCUGGCUCACGCAGUCUAUCAGGAGAGUAGGGCGAGAUCGGUUGCGGCAUUAUAUCUAUAUACAUAUGUAUUGCAAUCGGAAAUGAGUCAGGUGGCCCUCACUGUUACGUUUCUCUUCCCUCGAAAUCAGUCCAAGGUCAUUUGAAGGCAACCUCCGACACUUGUCUGAAUGCGAGAGUUUGGUGUAUAACCAAUUUCAUAUAAAAUUCUGCAGUCUGCUUGCGGUUAUGUCACGCCAUUCUUUCCAAAUGAUGUAUGUUGUUUUAGAGUAUAAAAUAUUAUUUUGCUUUUCAAAA